CCCCCGCCCGCCGGCCCCACCGGCCCGCGGGCAGCGGACGCGCGUGGCGGCUGCUCGGUGGGACCGUCCGUGGAGCCGGCCCCAGGAUGCCCCGGGGGUGUGGAUGACCAGCAGAGCAGCCCCACACGGCCCAGGCCCGGAUGCCGCCGCCCCGCGAGGACCGCUCCCCUCGGGCCGCCGGUGGCCCCGCGCCCUAGUCUCCUGAGCCGGGGACCCCGCCCGUGCGGUUCCCGCCUGGCCGCCCAGGGGGAGGCGCGGGAGUGAGCUUCCCGACCCAACCGGCCGAGCGAGCGGCGCCGGCGCAGGGACCGGGCCCGGGGCAGGGGGCUCGGCGCGGCUGGAAGCAUUUUCCCGCAGCGGCUCGGCAGGAUGACCAGCCUGUUCCGCCGGAGCAGCAGCGGCGGCGGCGGGGGCGGCGGGGCGCGCGGGGCCGAGGGCAGCGCCGCGGCCGCCUCGCAGGAGCUCAACAACAGCCGGCCCGCCCGCCAGGUGCGCCGCCUCGAGUUCAACCAGGCCAUGGACGACUUCAAGACCAUGUUCCCCGACAUGGAUUACGACAUCAUCGAGUGCGUGCUGCGCGCCAACAGCGGCGCCGUGGACGCCACCAUCGACCAGCUGCUGCAGAUGAACCUGGAGGCCGGGGGCGGCGGCGUCUACGAGGACAGCUCCGACUCGGAGGACAGCAUCCCCGCGGAGAUCUUGGAAAGGACUUUGGAACCUGAUAGCUCCGAUGAAGAGCCCCCACCUGUGUACUCCCCGCCGGCCUACCACAUGCACAUGUUUGACAGGCCUUACCCGCUGGCCCCCCCGACACCACCUCCCCGCAUCGACGUGCUGGGCUCUGGACCCACUUUGAGCCAGAGGCGCUAUCGGAACUGGAACCCACCACUGCUGGGCAACCUCCCCGAUGACUUUCUCCGCAUCCUGCCCCAGCAGCUGGAUAGCAUACAGGGUAACCCCGGGGGCUCCAAGCCCGUGAGCAGAGAGGGAGGCCUGCCCCCCACGCCCGGGCCCGGGCCCGGUGACCAGGAGAGCCGCUGGAAGCAGUACCUGGAGGAUGAGAGGAUCGCGCUCUUCCUGCAGAAUGAGGAGUUCAUGAAGGAGCUGCAACGUAACCGCGACUUCCUCCUCGCCCUGGAGAGAGAUCGAUUGAAAUAUGAGUCCCAGAAAUCCAAAUCCAGCAGCGCGGCUGUGGGCAACGACUUGAGCUUUCCGUCUCCUGCUCCAGGAACUGGUGAUGCCAACCCCGCUGUGUCUGAAGAUGCCUUAUUCAGGGACAAGUUGAAACACAUGGGAAAAUCCACCCGGAGGAAGCUGUUUGAACUGGCCAGGGCCUUCUCCGAGAAGACCAAGAUGAGGAAGUCAAAGAGGAAACACUUGUCAAAGCAUCAGUCGCUGGGGGCUGCAGUGUCAACAGCCAAUCUCCUGGACGACGUGGAGGGCCACACUUGUGAUGAAGACUUCCGGGGAAGGCGACAGCAGGCGCCCAAGGUGGAGGAAGCCCUAAGAGAAGGACAGUAAAAGAUGCCAGCAGUUCCUCCACGCCAGAGAUGAUCCAACCCGGUGGAGGCAGCCGGAGAGCAAACCCGGCCCCCGGCUGAAGAGCCCAGCUGCAGCAGGACAGGUGGUGCUUGAGUCCCGAGGCCCAGUGAUUCUCGGGCCACAGUCCAGCCCAGCCACUGCCACUGCCACUUUCCAUGGGACUUGGAACUUCGGAGUUGCGUGCUGUGAUUGGAUGAAGGACCUGGGGGUGGCAGCCAUCUAUAGCCCCUUUUGUAGCCAGGCUGUUCUAUGGGCAAAGAGGGGAAAUGCAGGAUCCAACCCCCCUUCUUAAAAAAAAAAAAAUCCCAGAAAACAGGCAAAAAUUGGAGUGCCCGAAAGGGCAGGAUGACCCUACCAGAGGCUCUUUGGCCUGAAGGUGGAGCCCCUGCCCUCCCCCAUCUCUCCUGCUGAGCCACAGACACUGCCUGAUCCCCUACCCUUACCCCAGCACCCUUCUGGGCACCUUGGGCCCUUUAUUCCCAUGGCCUCCUGCAUCUCAGCCUUUCCCAGGGCUCCUAACCCUGAGCACAACCCCUGCACAGAGCUCUUGGUGGGAGAGCCCUGGGCAGUCACUUGGGCCCCCUCUGAGGAGUGAUGGGCCACUGCAGAGAGGUAUCUGCUGACUGCUCUGCCUGGGCCCCUUGGGCUGCCUCUGUUAGGGGCUGGCUAGGGCCCACAGCAGGGAUGGGGAGGGUGGCCACCCCGGAGCUGGCCGACUCUGGCUAGGCAGAGGUAGUCUUUACUUCGGCAGAAGACAAAAGCCAGUUCUGGAUGGGACCUUACAGUUACGCAACAGUGAGGGCUCACAGGGGCUCUGACCCCCCCCCCCAGCUGGACUAGAAGUUCUUCUGUAGCUAAGGGUGGGCAGCAGCAGGUUCUGAAGUGACCCUUGAGAAGGUGCAGGACUGAGGAGCAGGUGGGAGGCCUGGGGCAGAAGGGCUUGCUGGGUGCCCCUGGCCAAGAGUAAGAAGGUGAAAGAUCUGAGGAGAAAAACUCGGUUCUACGAACCUUACCCUACACCAACCACUGCCAACGGGAGGGAGGCUGCCCUAGUCUCUCUGGCCCCGCCCACGAGACCGGAACGCGCUGAUCUCCUCUCCGGAGAACCGGGAAGCCUAGGCAGGCACGAGGCUUCAGGGCCCCCGGAGCGUGCAACCAGCCCAGCCCGACCUCCUGGGGUUGGGAGUGGGAGCCAAGCCUUGGCGGCGCCCCCGUGGCCGCAAGUCACCCCGAGAUAAUGAGGGCGCAGCGGGCGCCUAGGGCCAGCGGCGGAGGCCAGACCGCGAUCGCGCCUCGUUCCGCCCGCCCGGCUGGGUGCCGGAUGAGGGCCCCGGGCCGACUCGGGCGGCCCAGCUGCCCCUGGCUCGGGAGAGGCGGGCGGGGCCGGGACGCGCCGCCGCCGCCGCGCGUGACCAAGUUUGGAAGCGCGCGCAGGGCCGGGGGCGCUGGCGCGGGGCCAGCCCUGCAGAGGCGGGGGCGCUGCCCUCCGCUGCUCCCCCUUGCCAGGCUGUGGCCCCCGACGAGCCCCCUGGCCGCCAGCCCGAGCUCCAGACGGGUCUGACCCCGAGGGGCCUCUGGGCUGCGGCCCUGACCCCUCCCCGCGCCAGGCCCGGGCGCAUGGCGGGGAAGCCCCAGCCCGACGUCUGUGUGUGUUGCUUUGUUAGUUUUUUUUUUUUUUUUCCUCCUAUGUGUGGGUUUUUUCUUGGAGCUGUUUCAUAGGAAUUCCUGUAAUAAAGACUUGGUGUUCUCUUGGU